CACUGCAGUCCUCGGGAAGAGCGCUCGAAGUUUGAACGCAUACGCACGAGACAGUUCAAGAAUACAAACGUGAAACAAAGCAUACAAACGUGAAACAACGAAUACAAAAAUAAAUAGGAUAUUUAGUUUCUAUUUUUGGAAUUAAAUAAUAUAGGAACAAAUGUGGAGUGAUUGAGAUUAUUUCAUUAUAUUUAUUUUAAUGUUGUAAUAAAAAAAAAAAUUUUUUUUAAAUAUAUUUGAAAGUGAAACGUUACAUUUUCGAGUGGAAAUGAUUGUAGACGUAUGUCUGUGACGUCAUGCUGUGAGCAAUGAUCUUUGCUUAAUAUAAGAUACACAAAUAUCAAGAUGUCGGCGCCUGUUGAAGAGGUUCAGUUUAAUCUGGACGGCAUCCUCAGUGAGCUGGGAAGCUUUGGCAAGUACCAGCUGUUUCUGCUCGUACUGCUGGCUUUCAGGGACUCGUUCCUUCACAUGUGCAACUUCAAUUACGUCUUUACUGCCGCGGACGUUAAUUUCAGAUGUCACGUGCCAGAGUGCGAGCUAUCUCCACCUAUAUUCAACACUUCAUGGAGCGACUACGCCACUCAAAAAUCCGUAUGCCUCCGCUCAGUUACUGAGCAUUCGAACAUAACUGAGUGUACGCCGGAUAUAUUCUUGGAGAACAAAACUAUGCCUUGUGAUGACGUUAUAUAUGAGAAUAACAACAGUAUUGUUGCGGAGUUCAACUUGGGAUGUCAGCCUUGGAAAAGGACUUUAAUAGGGACCGUACAUAAUCUGGGACUUGUAUUUUCCUACAUUAUUUCGGGGAUAAUUUCGGACAGGUAUGGUCGUAAGGUGAUCAUAGUUGGUACACCGCUGAUGGUGGGUAUCGCUGGCUUACUCAAAUCAUUCACCUUCGACUACUGGUCGCUACUCGUGCUCGAGUUUCUUGAAACGGCGCUGGGUUACGGAAACGCUUCUAUGGUGUUAUCCCUGGAAACAGUCAGUCAGAAAAGUCGGGUAGCGUUCUCAUGCAUUUCGGACAUUCUAUCAAGUCUUGGCGCAGCGCUUUUCGGUCUCAUAGCUUGGAAAAUUCCUUACUGGAGAUACAUGAUGAGAGCUAUUUAUGCUCCAUUACUGAUUGUGGUAUUUUAUAUUUUCCUCGUCGAUGAGGGAGUGCGGUGGCUCUUAGCGCACAACAGAAAAGAAGAGGCUGUCCGCGUCUUAAACAAGGUGGCUAAAAUAAAUAACAUCACUCUCUCAAGCAAAGCCAAGGAAAUGCUAUCGACCAUAUCCAACGAGCAGAACAGGAUGGUUGAGAUGAACCAGCAGUCUAAGGACGAGCCGGUCGAGAUCCUCGCAGUCCUCCGAUCAAAGACCAUCCUCGUACGUUUGUCAGUGAUAGCUGCUUGCUUCAUAUGUAGCAUGUUCGUGUUCAGCGGGGCCAUAAUAUAUUCCACUAAUAUAUCUGGAAACAAAUAUAUGAACUAUUCAAUGAUGAUACUCUUAGGAGUUCCAACCAGAAUCAUCACAGCCUUCACGUUGACCAGGUUCGGAAGGAAGGCUCCUAUAUGCAUCGCGUACUGUCUCUGCUCGUGUUUCUUCAUGGCGUCCGCUUUCGUGCCCAAAUCAGUAGCAUGGGCUUCCACUAUCCUGUACAUGAUCGGCAAGAUGUGCAGCAGUUACGGAAUCUUCUCCGUGUAUGUGGUCGGCAUGGAGGUCUUUCCGACUACGUCCAGGAACUCUCUAGUCAAUAUCGCCAACACCGUCGGCAGGAUCGGCUCUGUUAUUGCUCCACAGACGCCCUUACUGGAAAAGUACAUGCCCGGUCUGCCUGUGGUUGUGUUUUCAUUGGCUGCGCUGGGACCCGCGCUGCUCGCGCUCCUACUGCCGGACACGAGCGCCGCUCUGCCUGACAGACUCAAGGACCUCCAGGUACAGGAGAAGGAUGGCGGAGUAACCAGCGCCAGUGCGUAGGCUGAUUGAUGACGUCACGGAAGGAUGGCGUCGCGGAUGGGACAGCAUUUGGAUAUUAAGACGUCAGCUCAAAUUCGUUUAGUGCAUUGUAUGUAUGAGAAAAGAUUAGGUUGUUAUUUAAUAGUGAGGGUGUGAGUGCACGUUUUGGUCGUCGUGUAAAACGCCAUGUUUACAAAUUUCCGUAUAUAAUGUGAUUGCCAUUAUCAAAAUCCGAAUGUGGACAUUCAAGAGACGUUAAGGACGAAAGGAAUGUUUGCAAAUAUAUCAUUUGUUAGAUUUACAAACAAGAACUAAAUGAGGGGUCCAUGCUUGGAGCAGUCCGUUGCGGUGCGCAAGCAUUACAUUAAUUAAACAAACUAUAAAUUUGAUUCUUCAUUGCUUGUGUGAUACAACCGCAGUCAGUGUUAUCGCUGGUGCCUUUAUAAGAAUAUGAAAGAUAAAAAUCUAUCGGACCAAGAUUGUUGUGUCGGGUGUAGUUUAUAUAGUAAGGAUACUUGUAAGAAUUUUUUUAUGUUUUUAAACUGUGUGUUUGGUUUGUGUGAGGACUCUAUGAUUAUGGAAGGUGAAUGUUGUUAUAACACCCUGUAUAUAUAUAGAAUGUGCUUUUUUCGUCCGUAAUGUUCCCGGAGCAGAGUUAUUUAUUGAUGAUUAUUUUUAUUUUUUUUUAGAUUUUGCUUUGAUUAAUCAAAAACAUUGUUUUUUUUUUUAUUAAAUAUGUCAAAUUAAUCUUCACUGUU